AUGAGUCCUGCGUUCAGCGAAUUGUCAAUGCUCAUGCAGCAAUCGGCGUUGUUGGAAAGUAGGCUCCUGAUUGGCGACUAUCCUGACGAGAGUGGGGCGAAGCGGGAGGUGGUGGGCCGAGGUGCCAACGAGAAGGGAAGGGAGAAGGAAAGGGUGCAUACCAAGCCACGAAGUUGA